CUUGUAUCCCUACGCGCAAGCUUGCUAGUCAAGGUCUGACUUGUGAAGUGCUCCUUCUGUUACGUGGUUGAUACCAACCCAGACACAUUGGAGACUCAUAACCAAGAAAAUCUCUUUUAGGACGGACAUUACGGACGCAGUACGGUGUACUGUUCGACUCGGAUCUGUCUACUGAAAUAUGAGCAAGGACAUGGCUACGAACUCUGAGGUAGUCCACAGUGUAGAGGAUGAGGCUUACGAGCCCCAGACUUACAAUGAUGCUUUUCCGGCCCUAGAAGCUGCCCGAGAUGUUUCAAAUGUUCAACAACAAGGUGCAUGGCAAUCCCAAACAGGAGCGUGGAAACACCCAACUGUCCGCUCAAUUAAGUGUACACAGGUUUUCUCUGUUCCCUUAGAAGAAAGAAGGUUCAAGGAAAUGGACGAUCGAUUAUUUGGUGAUGAAACGGAGCAGACUAAAAUAUGCAAGGACAUUAUGUCCAAAACAGGUGUUUCUAUUGAAAUUAGUAUGGCUAAAGAUCAGUCUUUAACAGUGGUUGUACAUGGUAAAGGGGAUGCCGUUAUGAGAGCAAGAAGAGAAGUCAUGACCAGACUUCAAACACAGGCUAACACGAUCGUCAGCAUCCCGAAAGAGCAUCAUCGUUAUAUACUUGGAAAAAGUGGUAAGAAACUACAGGAACUUGAACUGAGCACUGCAACAAAAAUUAACAUCCCCCGACCCGACGAGAAUUCGGAUUCAAUCAAGAUUGUUGGACCUAAAGAAGGAAUAGAUAAAGCUAAACAUGAAAUUCAGCUUAUUUCUGCUGAACAGGCCAAGCUAGGAUUCGAACGUCUGCCCAUUCUGAAAGUUUUCCACCCCUUCGUCUGUGGACCGAAUAAUCAGAUUAUCAAAACCUUAAUGGAAGAAACUAACGCUAAAAUUAAUGUCCCUCCUCCCAGCGUCAUGAAGGAUGAAAUUGUUGUCUCCGGCGAAAAAGAUGGCGUCAUGAAAUGCAAAGAUACGCUCAUGAAAAUUUACGAAGAAAAGAAAAAGAAGUGCCAAACAGUCUCAGUUGAAGUUCGAAAAUCGCAACAUAAAUAUAUUAUUGGCCCACGUGCUGCUGGCCUCCAUGAAAUCUUGGGGGCCACCGGUGUGUCGGUGGAAGUCCCUCCUAGUGACAGUACCUCGGAGACUAUAACAUUACGUGGUGAACAGGAAAAACUUGGUCCUGCUUUAACUAUGGUUUACUCAAAGGCUAACAGUGUUGUGUUUAGUGAUGUCGUGGCACCGGCAUGGUUACAUAGAUACGUUAUCGGACGUAAAGGUGCUAAUAUCAAGAAAAUAUCUGAAGAUUAUUCUAAGGUUCAUAUUGAGUUUGUUGAGAAUCAGGAUAAGAUAACUAUUGAAGGACCACCAGAAGAAGUUGAUGAAGCCGUUAAAGCUUUACAGAAAUAUGUUGAUGACUUGAAGAGCAGAAUGACUUUUGCUGAAAUUACAGUGGACCAAAAAUUCCAUAAACAUAUUAUUGGAAAGAGUGGCUCAAACAUUACAAAAAUUAAAAAUAGCACCGGCGUAUCCAUCCAAAUACCAUCUGAUGACGAGAAGAGUAAUAUCAUCCGUAUUGAAGGUAACCCAGAAGGUGUUGAGGAAGCUAAAAAACAAUUACACGAAAUGUCAACAAGAAUGGAAAAUGAAAAGAGUAGAGAUAUUACAAUUGAGCAAAGAUUCCACAAAACCAUUAUCGGGGCCAAAGGUGAAAAUAUCAAAGAAAUUCGAGAUAAAUUUAAUCAAGUGCAGAUAACUUUCCCUGAAGCAGGCAAAAAGAGUGCCGUUGUUACGUUACGUGGUCCAAAGAACGAUGUGGAUAGAAGUUAUAAAUACCUUCAACAUUACCACACAGAAUUAUUAGAAAGUAAUUAUCAGGCUGAGGUGCACAUUUUCAAGGGUUUCCAUAAAAAUAUAAUUGGUAAAGGUGGUGCCAACAUCCGCAAGAUUAGGGAUGAGACAGACACUAAAAUUGAUUUACCCAGUGAAAACAGUGACUCAGACGUAAUUCUGAUAACGGGCAAACGUGAAAAUGUUGAAAAUGCCAAAUCACAGAUUGAAGUAAUCCAGAAGGAAUUGGCUAACAUCAAAGAGGUUACAGUUGAAAUUCCCUCGAAUCUGCACAAUUCUAUCAUCGGAGCUAAAGGUCGUUUGAUUCGAGCCAUCAUGGAGGAAUGUGGUGGUGUUAUCAUUCGUUUUCCACCAGAGGGAACCAGUAGUGACAAAGUAAUGAUCCGUGGACCAAAAGAUGAUGUUGAAAAUGCUAAGAAACAACUUAUGGAAAUGGCUUCUGAAAAGAAAUUAUCUGGUUUUACUGCAGAAGUCCAGGCUAAAGCUCAAUAUCAUAAAUUCCUGAUUGGACGUGGUGGUGCUAAUAUUAGAAAGGUACGAGAAAGCACUGGAGCUCGAAUUAUAUUCCCAACCAAUAAUGAUAAGGAUCAAGAAACCAUUAGUAUUAUUGGUACAAAAGAAUCGGUUGAGAUGGCACAAAAAGAAUUGGAAGGACUCAUCAAGAAUUUGGUACGUUUACAUGGCAGUUCUGCUGGGUAG